AUGCCCAUCCGUGGAAAGAUCCCUGCCAUCUCUGGGCUCUGCAGUGUCUACCACACAACCCGGCUCUGCGAGAGGUUGGUCCAGCCGAAGAGUGACUUCGACCUGACAGACCCUAAUGGCUACCUGUUGAGUUCUGUGUACAGCAGCCUUCACGAUCCCAACCUCAGUAACUACCUCCACCGCAAGGACAUCCACCAACGCCUCCUUGAUCUGGGCUUCAUCACCAAGGAACAGAAAAUUAUUUGUUCACUCAAGGAGUUGAACCGCUACAGAGAUCACCUAGUGGAGGUGGAGUUGGACUGGAGUCGCAGAUUCCAGACAGAACAGAAAGAGUUGGUGCGUAAGUUUCUGAACCUCAAACAGCAAGGUCAGAUUCCAGAGCAUAUAAGCUUGUCUGAUGUCACAGAAUGGUUACUGCACAGAGGAAGGAGACUCUUCAGCAAGCGGCAGCAGGCCAUCAUGACCAGGAGCUUUCCUGAUAACUAUACCAGACUGCCCAAGAUUGCAAUGAGAAGCAACGUGGUGGAUCUAGUCUGCUGCCCCAGCUCCCCCUGCAGGUCAAAAAGAAUAUGGAAUGCCAAGGGCCGUGCAUUGCUACAUGAGGUCACCAAGGAGGUGAAGAGAGAGAUGCGGCUGGAGCAACACAUGCUCACAAACCGACAGAAGAAGGAAAAAGCGAACCAAGAGAAACAACAGAAGAGAAUGUGUUUCAAAGGCUGCAAAAAGAAGAGGCAUUCCCUGACCAAGACAGAUCCACAAGACAGCCCUGAGAGCAUGGGAAAUACUUUUGGAUCAGAUCCUGACAACACACAAGUUGAUCUGGUUGGCUGUGCUACAACAAGUAUCUCAGCUCAUCAACCCUCAUCAAACCCAGAGCAGAAGUGUGAGGGACUCUCUGCUGUGUGCCAAGACAUGAUUGAAUCAAUGAAUCAGAAAUCCCCCAUCUCUUACCACAACCUCUGUGCUAAGGGACCAGGGCUUGUUGACACUAUUUCCUCCUCCCUGAUCCCCCGUGGCAUUCUGCUUGGACAAGGUGGCUACCUUCAGUCUAUAACCAAGCAACUGUCUGAAAUAGAACAGAGGCUACUAGAAGAGCAUAUAAAAGGAACAAUAACGGCUGAGGAACUACAUGGCAUCAUGCAAAGUGUGGUGGUGAGUGUAGUGGAGGAAGUCAACAGGAUCCUUAUACCAGCCAUCAUGGCCUUUGAGGUUGAGCGCCGAACGAACUCCAUCAGCACCACUAACGGAACCAGCAGUGAUGUACCCACCUAUAGCAGCCUCUCCUACUCUGACUCCUACAAAACAUCUUCUGUCAGCGGCAGCCAAAAGUCCUCCUCCCCUGUGAUAGAGCUGUCCAGCGAAAUACCUGCACCUCCCACCAUGCUGUUCAAACCUACUCCCUGUGUCAUCAGGCAGGAGACAUUUACUGUGAGCGUUCCUGAAAAGGACAAUAGAGAGCCAAAUAUAGAAACUGAGCGAGGGGCUUCUUGCUUUAUGGACUUGGCUUCCUCCAGUAGCCCAAGCUCCUCUGAGAAACAAUCUUCUCCUUCAAAAACGAGUCCUUCAGCAACCAGUUUGGAAUCUUCUGGAGACAUUUUAAAAAGUGGAACUAGUAUAGAUGCAGGAAGGAAGGAAGAAAAAAAGCUUUUGGUGAAGGCUGGAGCUGUUAUUCAGGAGGUGAUAUGGCGAGCUGCGGAGGCAGAGGGGGACAAAAGGGAUGGAGGGAGGCUGAGAAACAUGAGUCAUGCGGAAAAGGUUGAGACGGACUCCAAGACCAUUGAAGCUGUAUCAAGAGAUAUAAGAGGUGAGAGGAGGGUUGAGGGAGUGGAAAACAAUGUUGACGCAAUCACCACUAUUGAGGUUCAGAAGUGGGAGAAUUUUGCAGAUUCAGUGGCUAAGACGGUCGUUCUAGAGGUGUUAGCUAUUGCGGACACAACAACCAAAACUGAUCAUUCAGAAGUAUCGAAACUGGAGGAGAAGGAAAUGAUUGCUGAUGUGACACCUAAAACUGAAAGCAAGGAGUUGGCCACUGCUGUGGUUGUGACUGAAAAUGUAGAGGCUGAGAAAGGAGACACACGUGGAGGUGUGAAGGUCAAGACUGACGUCAAAGAAGGUUUUGAGAUUACCAAGCUAGACAUCCAAGUUGCAAAAGCAGAGGCUAGUUUUGAUUCAAAGAAUAAGUGGACUGAAAUGUUGGACCCUAAAACGGAAGAAGCCGAUGCUGAUAUCAACAAACCCGAACAAGACAAAACCGUAGCGCAGAAUAACCGUAAGAGAUAUGAUUUCAUUCUUUUAGCUGGAGAGUCAAAGACAGAAAUCAGGGAGAAGCAUAGGAAUGCAAAGGAAUCCCUUAAUAAUACACAAGCUGAGAUGAGUGAACACCUCUAUGGAAGCCAUGAGCUAUCUCAGUCAAUUUCGAACGAUGAUGAUGGUGCUUUGAUGUUCCCCAUGAUCAGCAUGUUAAAGAAUGCUGCCAUUUCCUCUGACCAGGUCAAUGAGAUCCUAGACAAGGUAUGCUAUUGUACUGUCCCUUUUUAUGCAAAGGUAGUUUAUUCUUUUGAUUCUGUCAUGUAUCGUUCCACCAGCCACCAAUGCUUGGUUCUACAUGUUUUAUCUAGGCAGGUCUAUUAAACCAUGUGAAUUAUUUUUAAGGUGGUCAGUGUCCUGACUUUAGAGGGCCAUGAGGUCAUACUCUCAGAAGACAGUCAAGGUAUUGCCUAUAGUCCGGAUGGCAGAACAAAUAGUUAUACUGCUACCGCAGGGUCCAGACCCAGCAGUGAGCCGUUGUGCUGUGUGUCCCGCAGCAAAGACCAAGUGAUCCAUGUCCAGUGCCCAGGGGAAGACCCAGCUGAGUCACAUAAUAAACUUCUUGGAGGCCAGGCCAGCAUCCUGAAUUCUCUCACCCCGAUGCAUCUCAGUGAAAAAGAUCUGUCAGACACAAAGAUAGUGCCCUAUGUCAACAGCAUUAUCAAUAUUAUAAUGCAGAAUAUGCAUGAAGAUAAUGAGUUUGCAGAUGGCCAGAAACUAUUAUGUCCAAAAAGGCAAUCAAGUCCAGCUUUUCUGACACAACAUUCUCCUCAGUACAGCUCGGAGAUCCCUGUGCUUAACGUUCCCAAGACGGCUGAUCUGAAAUCAAUAACAUCUCAGAAAUCACAGAAGUUAGAUGAUCUGAAGGCCUUGAGAUUAGUCAAGUGGGUGCUGCAGACCAUCCAGAGACAUCAUAGCAGACAGGGCAAAAAGAGCCAAAAGUUUUGUGAGGUCAUCCAAGUCCUGCUUAAGAAUCUUGAACACAAGAUGGUCAAUAAUGGAGAUCAACAGGCAGCACCCUCCCAAACCAAUGUUCUUCAUACGGACAACAACUUCAAGACAAAGUUGCAAGAGACUACCGUCGCAUCCAUUUGCAAUAUCAUUGAACAUCUGUCCACCAAUGUGCUGAGUUCUAUGUCAUGCCUUGUUUUGCCAAAGACAAAAUCAACAUCAUUGAGCACCCUGGUCAAAAGCUGUUCACUGACCAACCUGGGGAGUCAAGCUGUAGCUACAUCUUUGGCCAUGGAAAUCAGCUCCAAAGUGAUUGAAAAGCUCAAAGAAUCCUCAGGUAGGGGCAAGGCUACCUGUUCGUUGACCAGCCUUCGAGAUUUUGUCAGAGCCAUGACCAUCAACCAUCCAGAGCUAAGCAAACAGGCCGCCUUAAAUGGGUCAAAAAUACACCAAGUUUACGUGGAGGUUCUGGAGAUGGUGGUGUCUAAGCUGAGAGGUUUUGCAACAAAAGGGGAUUUAUUUCACCAACCCAGAGAGCACUUAGCACAGACGAUGGCAGAGAGCUGCGCUGACGUAGAAUGUGCAUUUACGGAGGUUCUGCAGAUGCUUAAGAGUCACAAAACUUGUGAUGAAGCAGGCAGAAUGAAUGCAGUUGACCACAUAUCCACUACUAUCUCUGAUACUAUGUUUAAACGUGUGUCUGAGGGCCAUCAUACUCAGGUGAACACAAAGCUUACUCAGAAGGGCAACACUCCCCCAUUUUCUAGCAUAUCACUGCUACAGGAUGAACUUGGUGAACCAUCAAUGCAUUUCAAGACAGAGAAACAAGAACAUAGCCCCUCCCUUACCAUCACAUCAGGAGAGACCAUGGUACAGCAUUCCCAUUCCAUCAACUUGAAUGUAACCCCAAUGAAAGAGGUCAAGGAUGUGCUUCUGCCUAGAAACUGUAAGCGGCAGGAGGAUAUCAUGCUAUCAGGCCAAGUAGGCAGAGAUGGAGUGUCUCACAAUCUUGCACAUGUCUCUGGGGAAACCGUCACAGACUGUGGUCCAAUCAGAAUCAGUGAUAUUAACCAGCAGGGCCCUAAUAUGAUCCAGGCUAGAAUGACCAAGUCCUCCGUGAACCUCCUACAAACCACUGUGGAAAAGUUGGUGCAUAAGCUGAUGAAUGAGCACAUGGCCCUAUUAGAACUAAAAGGAAUGUCUACUUUUACCAGUCCUGACCAGGAGGGAAUUUCUCCCAGUCACAAGUCAGAAAAAGAUCCUGAGAACUUGCCACAGAAUGUUCAGAGGCGAUUGAUUACUGAGUUUCAAUCUGAUAGACCUGAACAGCCAGAGUCAAGUGAGCUCUUAAAGAGCAAAUUGAAAGGGAAGGAGCUGAUUGGUAUGCUGUGUACACUGAUGACCAAAUCCAUCAUCAGCUCUUUGACUCUGGAUAGUGCAUUUCAGGUU